GCGGAGAACGAGUCCGUGCUCCAUCAGCUGCCGCAACUGCCGCGCCGGAGCCUGAGCCACGAUGAGCGGCAGAGUGGGCGAUCUAAGCCCCAAGCAGAAGGAGGCACUGGCCAAGGUGAGCCCUCACCUUGGUCUGGCCCCGCUCCGGGCGGUGGCCUCGUUCCCGGGAGGCAGAGGGCUGGGAAGGGGCUGGGUGGGGGGCGACCGCCAGUCCGCGGCGGACUGCGGAGGGACCAGCAGCCGCUGCACCGAGCUACCCGCGGCCCCCACUUCCCUCCGCCCGGUGAAGGGGCCCUGAGUGAAGUUUGGCCGCCCCGGCCCUAGCCCGGAGCGAGACCUUGGCGCUGCCACCUGGGAAGAAGUGUUUGCUAGGAAAGCCCACGGCAGCUGAGGGCACAAAGGCAACGUUCAUUCUCGUGAGUGGCAGCCGGGCCCGGUGGCAGGGGCAGGGCCCCAGGUUUCCUCCUACUUCUGGGAGGUUUUCCUCUAGCAGGGGCAGUGGCAUGAGAUAAAGGGCUCCGAGGGCUUCUUAGGAGACUUGGAUGGCUCCUGCUCUUUCACCAAGUCUCUCUGCGACCUUGGGCAAAACCGGCCCUUCUCUGAUCACUCCCUGAGGAAAUGAAUUGAAGAGAUUGGACCAGAUGAUGUGGAUGGGAGCAUUUUCAAGUGCCUGGGAUCCUACCGAUGACUCACAGGGUUGGGGUUAGUUUGAACUGAGACCAGCUCUCCUCUGUCGUGCAACCCGGGCCUUUCCCUGGCUGGGGACUUGGGCUGAUACUCAUCAGAAGACAAGGAGUUUCGGGAGAAUGUCCAGGAUGUGCUGCCCACCCUGCCAAAUCCAGAUGAUCAUUUUCUCCUGCGCUGGCUCCGAGCAAGGAGCUUCGACCUGCAGAAGUCCGAGGCCAUGCUCCGGAAGCAUGUGGAGUUCCGAAAGCAGAAGGACAUCGACAACAUCUUGAACUGGCAGCCUCCAGAGGUGAUCCAGCAGUAUCUGUCAGGGGGCCUGUGUGGCUAUGACCUGGACGGCUGUCCCGUCUGGUAUGAUGUCAUUGGACCUCUGGAUGCCAAGGGUCUGCUCCUCUCAGCCACCAAACAGGACCUGCUCAGGACCAAGAUGCGGGACUGCGAGCUGAUUCAGAGGGAGUGUGCCUGCCAGACCGAAAAGACAGGGAAGAAGAUAGAGACUGUCACCCUGAUUUACGACUGCGAGGGGCUUGGCCUUAAGCAUCUCUGGAAGCCAGCUGUGGAGGCCUAUGGAGAGUUUCUCUGCAUGUUUGAGGAAAAUUAUCCUGAGACACUGAAGCGUCUUUUUGUUGUUAAAGCCCCCAAGCUGUUUCCUGUAGCCUAUAACCUCAUCAAACCCUUCCUGAGUGAGGAUACUCGUAAGAAGAUCAAUGUCCUGGGGGCAAAUUGGAAGGAGGUUUUACUGAAAUAUAUCAGCCCUGACCAGGUGCCUGUGGAGUAUGGGGGUACCAUGACUGACCCUGAUGGAGACCCCAAGUGUAAAUCCAAGAUCAAUUAUGGAGGUGACAUCCCCAAGAAGUAUUACGUGCGAGACCAGGUGAAACAGCAGUAUGAGCACAGUGUACAGAUUUCCCGGGGCUCCUCUCACCAAGUGGAAUAUGAGAUCCUCUUCCCAGGCUGCGUCCUCAGGUGGCAAUUCAUGUCAGAUGGUUCAGACAUCGGUUUUGGGAUUUUCCUGAAGACCAAGAUGGGAGAACGGCAGCGGGCCGGGGAGAUGACAGAGGUGCUGGCCAGCCAGAGGUACAAUGCCCACCUGGUCCCUGAGGACGGGACCCUCACCUGCAGCAAUCCUGGCAUCUAUGUCCUACGGUUUGACAACACCUACAGCUUCAUUCAUGCAAAGAAGGUCAGUUUCACUGUGGAGGUCCUGCUUCCAGACAAAGCCUCAGAAGAGAAGAUGAAACAGCUGGGGGAAGCCACCCCAAAGUAAUGCCUCCUCCCACAGCAGGCCUGGCUCCCUCAGUGUCUUCUUGUCAGUUUCUAUCCCUUGCAGCAGUCAUUUUCCCAGCACUCUCAUGCCCAAAGAGAAACUGGGCUAGAAAAAAGACCUCAGGGCUGGAUCUGGGAAGCCUUCAUUUCAGAAUUAGGAAGAGGGAGAGUAGCUGGAGUGGCUCUCUUUGCCUCUCAAAUUACUAAGGAGUCCCCAAGGGCUGGGCAUAUGUGAUAGCAUAUGUCUUGUUAGCUAUGCCAAUUUCACCUGUCCAGUGACAGCUGAGACAAGAAGCAGGGGGCAGGACCAUGGGGUGGCAGGGAAGAAAUCAGGUAAAAGGGGAAAGAUUGAGGCCUAACACUUAGGGAAGCCAGCUGCAGGGUAAGAACUUGCCUCUGGAAGAACAUGUAAGUCUAGAUCAUAGUGAGGAGUAGCAAGGUAGCCGGUUGCUAGUGUUAUCUUGGGGGUCUGAGGCUCUUCUGAACUUUGUAUCACCAAGGCUGGGAUCUUUUGGCUUUUCCCAGGUUUUAGGAGGUGGCCUGAGUCAGCACAGAUCUUCCCAUUCAGGGACAGACAGGCAGGCCUCACCCUCACCUUGAGGAAAUCAGCAACCCCUGGGUCCCACUGGAUACAUCUUUAAUUACUAAUGAUUGUCAGUGACUCAAGAGCUUCCUGGGACAAUAAGCUUUGGUACCCAGCCACUGUCCUCCAAUGCAAACAAAGCCCAGGGAAGUUGCCUCCACGGAUUCCCAGCUCCGUGAAGGGCCAGGGAGGCUGAGGUGGUCCUGAAGCUUCCACUCGUUUUCAGUGCUGCCAGCCUCUCUAAAAUUACCUCUUCCUGUGAGCACCCAUACAAAAGCGACAAGUGGGAUCAAUACAGUAGAUCUCAGUGAGGGCAUUUCCCAUUCUGAGUCUCCCAGGGUGUCCGACCAGAGCAAGGCCUUGCUGGUCCCGUCUCUGGGAGGCCUGCGGUGGGUGCAGUGGGUUCCUGUGCCUGUAGGUGCUGCUGCCCCAGCACGAGGCCAAAGGCCGGGCCAGCACCGGGCAGAGCCAGGGGCUGGGGGCAGCCAGAGAGCCUCGCAGGCCCCCAGCUCCUCCUUCCACAAUGACAGGGUGGGGGUGGGGGGAACAGACCUUGCGGCAAUCACAGCUCUCCACUCAAUCCCACAUUCUGCAAACGAACACCAGGCCUUGGAUUGCACAGAACCCGAGAAGGCGGUCCCGCCUGGGCCCUCGUGGGCAUUCCCUCCCUUCAGAAACCCAGACCCUGGCCCAGCCUGGGGAGAGGUCUGGCGAAGCAGAUGGAGGAGGAAGGGGCAAGGCUGGCGCUGACAGGAUGGCCCGAGGCCGCGCGGGAGCCCCAGUCAGACUCUUCAGGACAUCCUGACCUUGGUUUACAACGCUCUGUUAGGAAAAUUAACCCAAUGAAUAAAGCAAUGUUCAGUGCA